AUGCCGCCUUCACCCAAGGAUGCUAGCGAAACCGUACUCGACGGAUUUGUCUUCCCAUGGCGAGAGCCAUCGCAACAGAGUGCGGAAAGCCAUGCUCCCAGCAAUCGCAAUCCGCAAGGGCCCUCCGGACAGAUUCAAGAUAACUAUGCUCACGGCAACACCGAUCGACCUGCGCACCAGGUCCAUGUCCCGGAGAACAUCCAGAACCAUGGCGUUGACGUCCGAGAUCAUGCCCUCGACCACUUCCCAGACCAUGUCCGCAACUUUGUUCCCCCAUUCGCACUCACCCCCGAUGCCUACAAUCGACGGCUCUCCAUCCCCACGCUCCGGACUCCUGAGAAGGCUUGGGCCACCGAAGGGCGCACAUCCGUUAGAGAACGAAUGCGAGCCAGUUCAUUGCCGACCAUGGCCCCCUCGUUCGAAAGCCCUGAAGAACCCGAUGUCCGGAAGGUGGUGUUUACCAUGAGUCCGUUCAGCCGUGACGGCCGAUUUCAAGAACAUCCGGAGCCAUUGGCGACGUUCAAGGGAGACCGAAUGCUGGGAGAAGAGCUACAGCGGACGGAGAGUCGAGCCAGCAUCGUCAGUCUGGAAAAGUUUCAUGCCCUGAAACGAAAGACGGCACACAAGGCACGCGGCAAGGUGGCUCAGAUCCUUUUUCAAUAUACAUAUUACUUGUUGCUGGUGGCAAUUGUGUACUUUGUGCUCGUGGGGGUCCCUUUGUGGCGGGGACUCGUCUAUACAUUCUGGCAUGUGAUGAAGUAUAGCUUGACCGUCGAGGGUCUCUGCGCCAUUUUUGUUGGCAUUGCGUUCUUCUAUUCGGUGGGCACGCUGUUCACCCAGUACGAGCCCGACCCAGAGCCCGUCGACCCGCGCCACUUCCAAGACCACCUGGACCGCGCCCGAAGCACCGCACUCAUCAUCCCGUGCUACAAGGCGGCGGAGCUGAUCGGGCCCACCCUCCAGGCGGCGCUGAAGGUUUUCCCGCCGGAGAACAUCUAUGUGGUGGCGAACGGAAACAGUGCCACGCCGCUGGACAGCACGGAAGAGGUGUGCCGACCGUACAAGGUCAACCACAUCUGGGUGCCGAUCGGGUCCAAGAUCGUGGCACAGUUUGUGGGCUCGUACGCGGCCUACAAGUUCCAGUACGUGCUGAUGAUCGACGACGACUGCGCGCUGCCGCCCAACUUCCCCAUCGUCUCGGAGCGCAUCCAGCAGGGGACGAAGAAGGGCCUGAUCAAAUGUGUGGGCUACACCAUCAAAGCCGUCGGGCCCGACGGCACCAAGGGCAACGCCGUGCAGCAGCUCCAAGACAUCGAGUACAAAAUGAGCGGCAUGCAGCGCCAGUUCGCCGGCUCGUGGGGGAGUGCCAUCUUUGCCCAUGGCGCCAUUGCCCUGUGGGAGCGAGACUUCGUCCUCAAGUGUUUCCGCCACCAUCCCGGCUUCAAGAUCUCGGAAGACUGGUUUUUCGGCCUGACCUGUCGCAACCUCGGCGGCCGCAUCGUCAUGUGCUCGGCGGUGCUGGUCGAGACCGAAGUGCCCUCGGGCCUGUUCUUUGGUGCGGGCGCCCGAGGGGGGUUUGGCGAGAUGACGGUGUACAAGCAGCGAUUCUUCCGUUGGAAUUUUUUCAUUAUUUUCCGCAUGUGGAGCAAUUUGCGACAUAUGCUUUUUUCCUGGAGUCUGGGCAUCUACACCUUGGGUUCCCUGGUGUAUACAUUUCAAGAGGGGUUGGUGGCUCUCCUCUACCUAACCACACCCUUCUUCUUGCCGAUCGCAUGGGUGGUUCGGCCUAGCUUUAUGGGAAUGAUGACCGGGAUCGUGAUAGGCAUGUAUUUCAUGACGGUCAAUAUCUUCAACGAGGUCAUUCUACGCCGGAAAGGAGAAAUGGUGUCUCGGAAAAUCGUCUUUUUCUACUACAUGCCGUACAAGUUUGUUUUGAGGUUCAUGAACGUGGCUUCAAUUUAUUACUCCAUCUUCAAAUACGCACAAUACUUCUCUCAACGACACCCAACGAUAAUGGAAGACGAACGCGCCGUCGACCUGGUCAUUUGCGCCAAACCACGACCGCUGAGCCAGCCCCAGCCUCCUUCACGGUCGAAGUCCCAAAGGAGAGGUCCGCUCCUGCGCGUGCCUUCGUAUCGGCCGUGGUCUUCACAUGCACAUGGCCACGGACAUGCCCACAGCAAGAGUUCUUCCAGCAAGGCCGCAUCCGAGCGUAGUGACGACGACGUGCCUCCUGAUAUGCUGGUCGCCCCGCCCGUCCCAGAGACGAUCCCGCACGGUGAUGAGUGGGUAUGA